GGUAAACCCCAUACAUGUUUACGGAUUAAACUCAUUGUCGGAUAAGUAAUGUCAUCACUAACUGCUGCGGCGAGUUUGCCGUCGGGAAUACAACUGUCCGCGUGAAUCGGAUGCCGGUUCUGCAUCCGCCACAGUCUGAUGAUUGGUUGACUAAGUAUUGAUUAAUUGAUUGACCUACCGAUUCAUUGCUAUACUGUCUAUGCAUAUGUCUAUGUGGACAAUAGGACCGGUAUUUAUAUAUAUAUAUACUGUAUAUAUCUAUUCAAAAUGGUAUUAACAACUCGGAAUGACUGACCUAUCUAUCGGAAACGGAUCCGAUGUUUGUCUGUUUUUAAUAGAACUAACUGUUUGAUUGUUUGCUUAGGCGGCGAGUUUGCCACUGAAUACAACGGUCCGCGUGAAUCGGACGGCAUUGUCAAAUAUAUGCGAUCUCUCUCUCUCUCUCUCUCUCUCUAUCUAUCUAUCUAUCUAUCUAUCUAUCUAUCUAUCUAUCUAUCUAUCUAUACAAAAAUAAAAAUGAAAUCAGUAUUAGAUUAGAAAAAUAAAUUUAAAACAAAUAAUUUUAUUAUUUUUUGGGCAACGCUUACCUUAGAGAGGGCUUCGUUUUUUAUAUUGUUUGCGCGUGCAUUACAACACUGUAUUAAAUGUAUUAAUAAUACUAUUUGCACCUAAAAUCACUUAAUUGUAUUCACAUUAGAAAUAGAAAUAUAUAAAUCAUAAUAUGACUCGACACCACCCAUACUUAACAAACUACUAUCUAACCCCACCCACCCGACCACCACUUCCUAACCUCUCACACCCUACCCCACUCACCCCCACAAACUAACCCAAAUGUAAAGAUAAGUUUAAUGCUUUUAUAUUAUACUUUAAAAACAAUAUAAAAAACGAAGCCCUCUAUGGUAAGUAAUGGCGAGAUUUGCCAAAAAUAAAAGAGCAAAUGUACGCAAAUCUAUGCAAGAGAUGCUUCUGGAAGUGGAGGCCGUACGUGGACUACAGCACCCAAACAUAACGCGUAUCGAAAAAGUGCUUCACGUGAGAGACCCUCUAAGUAUAUAUUGAUUAGAAAAAAAAGAAGAAAGAGAAAGGACUGUUAGUUUUUUUAUUAGUUGACAUAUCGGCAAAAAAAAUGAGCACAAACUUUGGCAAAAACUAUAAGUGGACGGAAAGGGAUAGGAUUACGUGGGAAACAGAUAUCGACAAAAAAGAUAACUACGAGUAUGACUACGAAGAGCCGAUAGUCGAUCCAAGAUAUUACGACUAUCUUAAAGGAUACAGCGAUUUGCCGCACAGAUCACUGGCCGAUCGGUUAAGACACAAAAAACCGACAAUUUAUGGCCGAUCCAGAGAGGGUCGUCGAUUGUAUGGACCGGCAAAUAUUUCCGAUUUAGGAAUGCCUACAAACUUUAACUUUAAGCGCGAAUGGAUAGCAGACAAACUACUCAUUGAAGAGGCAUUGAACGUAGAAUUUAAACAGCUGUUGGGUGAGGGAGCUUUUGGUCAGGUUUGGCGAGUCCGGGUGGUCGCCAAUAGAACUCAUUAUGCGGCUAAAGUACUGGAGCUUAGGCGAUUUGCCACAGAUAAAAAUGCAAACGUACGCGAAUCUAUGAAACAGAUGCUUCUGGAAGUGGAUGCCGUACGUGGUCUACAGCACCCAAACCUAACGCGUAUCGAAAUUGUACUGCACGUGAGGGACGCGGUCACCGAUUUUCCGUCGGCUUUUGUAGUCAUAUUUAUGGAGCUGUGCGAUGGUUCACUCGAAGACGAGAUAUACUAUCGACCGAAUCAUCAAAUGACUGAACGGGAAGCCCGCGAUUGGUUUUUUCAGAUUAUUGGCGCUUUGAAGUAUUUGCACGAAAAUCGUGUGGCCCAUAUGGACAUCAAGCCGGAGAACAUACUUGUUCAAAAGCAGCCGCAAGCAGUGUACAAGUUGGCCGACUUGGGAUUGGCGCUGACCUUUCAGCCUAACGAACCAAUGCUAACCAAUGACAGACUGCUCGGAACUCCCGGUUUUCUGGCCCCGGAAUUGGUAUAUCAGGACGCGUUGUCCAUACGCAAGCUGUUGGGUAUGUCUAAUCGGCACAAAGCAACCGUAUGUGAUGUCUAUUCUCUAGGCAUAACACUGGCCGUUUCAUUAGGCGGCGCCUCCCGAUUUUCCCACUAUUUGAAUCCUCAACACGGGAUGACACUGAAUCUGAACGCAUAUAUGAGAGACACACUCCUCAGACCGGACGGUAGAUUCAGUGAAACGGAUGACGUUAUUACACUGUUGAAAGGUAUGUGUGCAGUGAAUCCGGCAAAUAGAUUCACCAUUGAUCAGGUAUUUCAACACAAUUGGAUCUCUCAAUGGUAUUGAUAUAUAUGGGGAACAACAACAAAACAAAAAGGAAAUAAAAUCAGUAUUAGAUUAGAAAAAUAAA